AUGGCCGUGAACGUAAUCCAGAGCCGUUUGGGCUCACUGAGCUCUCCAUUCUCCAUCUAUGUUUUCAUUGCUGCUUGCAUUGUUUACCUUGUCGCACGUCUCCUGUUGAGCUUCGUCCAUGAUGAUCGGAAAUCCUUUGCUCCUGGUUCAAGUCUUGACCAGGCCGAGAAGGGCAGUUUGAAGAAGCAGGAGAACAUGUCAGAUGACGAAAUCUUCCAGUUGGAGAAAAGAGCAUUCUUCAGCAAGACGUGGCUUUUCGUUUGUCACCGUAGCAGGUUCGACAAGUCUGGGGAUUAUCAUGCUUAUGACGUUGCCGGCAUCUCAUUCUUCGUCGUCCUCGGCAAGGACUUGAAGCUGCGAGCUUUCCACAACGUCUGUCGACAUCGCGCAUAUACCGUGGUCCGCAAGCCAUGUGGUACUUCGACGAGGUUUUCGUGCAAGUACCAUGGUUGGCAGUAUGAUGACAAGGGCGCCUUGGUCAAGGCUCCAAAGUUCGACGAAUCGCCAGGAUUUGUACUUGAAGACAAUGGCCUGUUCGAGAUCAAGUUGAUAACGACCAGGGAGGGUUUGGUGUUUGUUAACUUUGACGCAAGCACGAUGAAUCUUCCUUUCAAUAAUGUCAAGUCUCACGUGGAUCUUGGGAGCUGUUCUUGGGUGGAUGCAAAGGAAGUAACCUGCGCAACGAAUUGGAAAGACGUUGCAAAUGAGUUCUCCAAUCAAGCUCAGUGGGCGCAGAAUCCGUUUGAGUGGCUUUCUGUACUUCGCAAGUCCAAGGUUGUCAGACUCCUUGGCCCAUUGAGCAUUAUCAAGGAACUGGACAAUGACCUGUGGUGCACGAUGGUGCUUCUGCCACGGUCAACCUCGGAAGUCAUUGUUAGAUGCGACUUUUACGUCAAGGAAGGGCACGCAGCUCCUGCAAAAGUUGUAGAGAAGUCGAAGUGGAUGUUGGAGCAAGAGCUACUCAACCUGUCCAGACCAGAUGAAGCAAAAAGCUCAACAAGAUCCUCAUAUUUUGCAUAUCAAUGCGGAGGCCGCACGAUUGACUUGUUUGCGAUUCUUGCUCAGCAUCAACGGAACGAGAAGAUGGCCAAGAGAAAGCUGCAACCAGCGAUCAGGGUGACCGGCACAGGUGAUAUUGACACCGAAGCCGAGGCCUUGUGCGACGCCCUCGAAGGGGUAGCCGACUCGCCUUCCUUGGAGAAAUGUUCUCGGAUUUCCAGCUUUCCUCAAACACUAGAGUGGUGA